GUUUAGCUGUACACUGUAGGCAAGAGCUUCCACACCUUAACCUUUUCAACAUUCGUCAAACUGCAGCUUCUGUAGUGAGUCGAACCGUGAACUAUUCCGAAAACAACUUCCCAAAAACAUUCACUGCCUUAUUCUGAAAGCUGGUCUUUUCCUCCUCUCAUACCAACCAGUCUUUUUUUCCUUUUUGGACCAGCUAUCCAACUACGUCAUCUCGUAUCGUAGAGUAUUUACUUGACAGAUCGAUCGGUCAGCCUCGUUCCAGGUAUCGGUGGUGGGGUUGUUAAUUUGGGUACAUCGUUCAUCUUUCAUCCUACCGUCGGGCUACCUCAUCUUUAUCCUCAUAUUCACAAUCCUUCUUCCGUAGCCUGCGCGUUUGUAUCUCCUAGUAGCAGCAUAGAGGGCUCCACUAGAGCAAACAUCGCCAAGCUGGGGAAGCGAAAACACGAGAACGGAGAGUUGCCUUUCUCCCCUAAGAGAACCAUGACCGAUACCAAAAUGGCUUCGGGUAUACCUGAGGUCGACCUGGUCACCCGUGUCCAGGUUGACAACUCCGUUGUAGGCCAGACCGAGAUCGACGAGUCCCUCUACAGUCGACAGCUCUAUGUCCUUGGCCACGAGGCUAUGAAGCGCAUGGGCGCUUCGAAUGUCCUCAUAGUUGGUUUGAAAGGUCUUGGUGUCGAGAUAUCCAAGAACAUUGCUCUUGCUGGUGUCAAGAGUUUAACUCUCCACGACCCAACGCCUGUUGCGAUCGCCGAUUUAUCCUCCCAAUUCUUCCUACGCCCGGCCGAUGUUGGAAAGCCUCGCGACGCAGUCACUGCUCCUCGCGUGGCUGAACUCAACGCCUAUACUCCUGUCGGCAUUCAUGAUUCGCCUAGUCUUGGCGAGAACUUCUCCCAGUUCGACAAGUACCAGGUUGUAGUCCUCACCAACACCCCCCUCAACCUUCAGCUGGCCAUCGGCGAUUACUGCCAUUCCAAGGGCAUCUACUUUGUAGUUGCUGACACCUUCGGACUUUUUGGCUCCAUCUUCUGCGAUUUCGGCGCCAAGUUCACAUGCCUCGAUGCGACUGGCGAAAACCCUAUCAAUGGAAUCGUUGCCGAUAUUUACGAGGAUGGAUUGGUUUCUGCCCUGGACGAGACGCGUCAUGGAUUAGAGGAUGGUGAUUAUGUUACCUUCUCCGAAGUCAAGGGUAUGGAAGGCUUGAAUACUGCUGAGCCGAAGAAAGUCACAGUGAAGGGCCCUUACACCUUUUCUAUUGGUGAUGUGUCUGGAUUGGGUCAAUACAAGGGUGGUGGCUUGUUUCAGCAGGUCAAGAUGCCCAAGUUUAUUGAAUUCAAGACAAUCUCUACCGCCUUGCGCGAGCCGGAAUUCGUUGUAUCUGACUUCGCCAAAUUCGACCGACCACACCAACUCCAUGUUGGUUUUGAGGCGUUGCAUGCUUUCGCCCAAUCACAAGGUCGUCUACCCCGACCAAUGAACGAGGAAGAUGCCGCCGUCGUUGUUGCGUCCGUGAAAGCCUUUAUCCAGAAGGAGAAAUUGGAUUUCGAGAUCGAUGAGAAGCUUAUUAAAGAACUCAGCUACCAGGCCCAGGGCGACUUGAACCCUAUGGCCGCCCUAUUUGGUGGUCUAACCGCCCAAGAGGUUCUCAAAGCCGUGUCAGGAAAAUUCCAUCCUAUUAAGCAGUGGUUCUACUUUGACUCUCUAGAAUCGCUUCCUACUAGUGUUUCUCGAACGGAGGAACUAUGCAAGCCGAUCGGAUCUCGAUAUGACGGUCAAAUCGCAGUAUUUGGUAAAGAAUAUCAGGACAAGAUCGCGAACGUGAAACAAUUCCUCGUUGGCGCGGGUGCUAUUGGAUGCGAAAUGCUCAAGAACUGGGCAAUGAUCGGCUUAGGCGUCGGACCCAAAGGCAAAAUCACCGUUACCGACAUGGACUCGAUCGAGAAGAGCAAUCUUAACCGCCAAUUCCUAUUCCGCCCCAAGGAUGUCGGUCAGAUGAAGAGCGAUUGUGCGGCCAAGGCUGUCGAGGCCAUGAACCCCGAGCUUGCGGGUCACAUCGAGUGCUUGAAAGAUCGAGUUAGUCCCGAGACUGAGCGCAUCUUCAACAAGACCUUCUGGGAGGCUUUGGAUGGCGUCACUAAUGCGCUUGACAACGUGGAAGCGAGAACAUACGUUGACCGACGAUGUGUUUUCUUCCGUAAGCCUUUGUUGGAGAGCGGUACUCUCGGUACCAAAGGCAACACACAGGUUGUUCUUCCCAUGUUGACCGAAUCGUACUCGUCAUCUCAGGAUCCUCCCGAGGUGUCGUUCCCCAUGUGCACCUUACGAAGUUUCCCCAACAAGAUCGAGCAUACUAUUGCAUGGGCCCGCGAACUCUUCGAGACUUCCUUUGUAAAGUCUGCUGAGACUGUCAACCUCUACUUGUCCCAGACUAACUAUCUGGAGACAACACUGAAGCAAGGUGGCAACGAGACGCCGACUCUUGAGACGAUCCGUGACUACCUCGUAACGGAUAAGCCUCUAAGUUUUGAGGAUUGCAUCAUCUGGGCAAGGAUGCUUUUUGAGAGACAGUAUAACAAUGCUAUCCAACAACUCCUCUACAACUUUCCCAAAGACUCGACGUCGUCCAGCGGCACUCCCUUCUGGUCUGGCCCGAAGCGUGCCCCCGAUCCAUUGAAGUUUGACCCCAAGAAUCCCACCCACUUUGGUUUCAUCGUUUCGGCCGCUAAUCUCCACGCUUUCAACUACAACAUUAACACUAAGGGAGUAAAUGAGAGUCUUUACUUGAAGGUGUUGGACAACAUGAUCGUCCCCGACUUCUCGCCCGACCCAGGUGUCAAGAUCCAGGCAAAUGACAACGAUCCUGAUCCUAACGCCGCGAACAAAUCUGCAUUUGAUGAUAACAACGAGAUACAAAAGAUUAUCGACAGCCUCCCUGCCCCCAACGAGUUGGCUGGUUUUAAGUUAAUGCCCGUUGAGUUCGAGAAGGACGAUGACACAAACCAUCACAUAGAUUUCAUCACCGCAGCAAGUAAUCUACGAGCAGACAACUACAAGAUCGAGAAGGCCGACCGACACAAGACCAAGUUUAUCGCCGGAAAGAUUAUUCCGGCCAUCGCCACCACGACCGCGUUGGUCACCGGCCUUGUAGUUUUGGAGCUAUUCAAGAUCAUCGAUGGAAAGAAGGAUAUCGAACAAUACAAGAACGGCUUCGUCAACCUUGCAUUGCCUUUCUUCGGUUUCAGCGAACCGAUCGCUAGUCCCAAGGUCGAGUACCUGGGACCGGACGGCAAGGUAACAUUGGACAAGAUCUGGGAUCGAUUUGAGGUGCAGGAUAUAACAUUGAGAGAGCUCCUCGACGAUUUCGAGAAACGGGGUUUGACCAUCAGCAUGCUGAGCUCUGGGGUCAGUCUUCUCUACGCCAGCUUCUUCGCUCCUGGAAAGUUGAAGGAGCGAUACGGCUUGAAGCUUAGCCAGCUUGUUGAGUCGGUAUCCAAGAAGCCGAUCCCGGAUCACCAGACGGAGCUCAUCUUCGAGAUGGUGGCGGAGGACUUAGCUGAGCAGGAUGUGGAGGUCCCAUACAUCAAGGCUAUCAUCCGGUAGAUGCGUGCAGGAUUUUCCAUCAAUCUCCCAAUCAUCGAGGCGUCUAAUUGUCGGCAAUGAAGGGUGCUUAAUACUGCCCACCCGUACGGUUUAUUGAGGCUUAGCUCCACAGAUCACGGCACGGGUAUCCUGUCUUGUACGUUACGGACUUAGCAUGCGCCGUUUACUCUAGGUAUUAGUCUGGCGGCAAUAGGUCUGCCACAAAGUGCUUAAGACAAAUAGUAGUAAAAUAGAGUUGUUUUUGCUCCUA